AUGAAUAAUCUCGCGAUGCUCAAGAUGUCAAAAUCCGUUGGUCUUUUCUUCCUUCUUUUAGGGAUUGCAUUGUUGAAUAAUAUUAGCAUUCCACAUGGUAAUGCAGCGUUGAAGUCAAAUAUAGUUGCAUUCGCAAGACAAUUAUCGACGCUAUCGGAAAUCGUAAAUCAUUAUUGUCCAAAAACUGAACUAAAGGAAAGCAAUAAUAAAAAUGUUGCAGACCAGGAAAAUUUUUCUGAAAUAUAUUCAAAAUUAAGCAAGUUAGAAAAAAUAAAACGUUGUGUCUAUAUUACAUUUUUAUUAAAAAAAGAUAUAACCACCAAAUAUGGGUUUCCGGAGGAAGAUAAAGAGAAAUUGUGGCAAGAAUGCAAAGAAGGAAUUAAAAAAGAAUUUAAAGAAGUAAACGAUUAUUAUAAACGUAUUUGUAAGGAUUAUGAGAAUAUUUCGGUAAUGCCGGGUUUUCUUUUUAACAUAAAAUUGGAAAAAUAUAUUAAAUUAUGGAAAAAAGUUGCAUAUCGAAAUGAAAAAAAAUGGAGUGACACUUUUGCAAUGAAAAUAAGUAAAUAUAAUGCCCUAACAUCAAAGUCAUAA